AUGUCCGAGAGCUCGAGGGAUCGUGGCAAGAGUGAGCCCGGCGAACCCAGUUCCAGCCAGUGCCCACCUGAAGGCAAUGAGGUUCCCUCCUCCUCGACUUCUGGCACAACCGGCAGUUUUGAGUGCAACAUUUGCCUGGAGUCCGCCAAGGAUGCUGUUGUUAGUCGGUGCGGCCACCUCUUCUGUUGGCCCUGUCUUCAUCAGUGGUUUGAGACAGUCAAGUCCCGGCCCAGUUGUCCCGUCUGCAAGGCGGCCAUCAGUAGGGACAGCGUGAGUGUAACACGUAUCCGCACAUACUUAACGCGUUUAUUAUCUCUUGCCAACAGUAAUUUCCAUCUGGCUGUAAUACACUACCCUCUUUCCAGACUGGACACUAGUUUAUCACGUUUGGCGCGCAAAAAAUCCAAAUCUGGGACCCAUCGGGGUCGCACCGUGUAAUACAUUUUAGGCGGCUCAGUUCAGCAGCAACAAUUUUGCUUCUUCAGGUGCUAGUAGCAGUUAAGCAUGAAAUAAGUGAAAUGGUAAACCAAUACUCACACAAAGAAGUUAGCCUACGUCAAACUGUUAGCGUCCCGUCCUAGAUAAAACGGGUUCGACCCCAGACAAUGAGACACUAAGUGGCACACACGAAUCACAGUCAAGCGUGGCUAACAUGCCACUCUGUGGGCGUAAAAUUGCUUGAUUUUAGUCUCAAACCAAGGACCAGUCCAAACCCAAAGAACGUGUUUCGUUGUGUUUCUGCUGCUGCCUGAUGCAUGGAUGGGAGUUCCUGCUCUUUACUGGGUUUCCCAGCGUCCCCUAUGUGAGUUCCCACUAGUAAAUGACGAUUACCACUUUCGGUUUGCAAAAUCGAAAUAACAUAAAGGACAGUUUCAGGAGCCUAAUCUGUCGUUCCCCAGCCAUCGUUUCGAUGUAACUGUUGUGCCUCUGCUAAAAUCAUGCGAACAGUUUUCUCCUUUUGGCAAAUAUUAUGGAGAUGAGGAGCACUGGAGGGUUCAUUUCUGCCUUGUUGGGCCUCAGUGGUCGCACUCGCUGUUUUAAUCCGAGUUUAGUGGGUUGUUGAGCAUCCACGCUCUCGCGAUCUCAACCGACGUACGGCGAACCCGGUAGUUUAAACAGAUGGAACUUUGGAGUUAAGGUACUCAUCAACUCACUAAAUCCUGGUUUGAAUCAAGGAAUUAAUGGCAGCAUCAGAAGUCCUGCAGGUUUGUAGCGGUUAACAUGCCAAAACUGGUCAUUCCAGUGUCAUUAAUUUUGACCGUCAAUAUUGUCAUUUAGCGACUUGCUCGUAACCACGCGACAUCCUGAACGAACUCUAGACCCCGUAACUCCAAUGCAAAAUAGAAUUCAAAUGUUCUUUCUUCAGUUAGGGCAGAUUGGUAAACGCCACCCUCAUGUGAAUUUUCUGUGUGCAAUAAAUAGGCUUGCAGAGUUGAGCACGCCAUGCGGUCUCCUACUGCGGUCGACAAUAUUCAGUUCAAAUGUCUGCACGGAAAUUAGCGUCAAUGUUACUCCUUCUAAGUUCGUUGACUAACUCAGAACUGCCCAUUCCAGUUCGUUUCCAAGCCACAUGCUCUAAAUGAAACGCACGCAUUACUAAGCAAACUUCGUUAAUGCAAUAGUAAGAAAGUAAGCUAAACACACUAACCGGUUGCGUCUUAGCGAGUUUUAAAAUGUUUUCGGGGUUUUUUGUUACUUUACUUACACAGACCGCGAUCACCAAGGCCGCAUAACGUAAGGUAUUACUUCAUAAGUAUUUUGGCAAAUUCUGGAAUAAUUCCUAUUGACCCAACUGUGAAAAACUCGGCGUCUCGGUGGGAUUGGAGCCCACGCAGUAAGGAGAAGGAUUUAGAACAUCCAACGCUCGAACCACUUGAGCUACGAAGCCUCGCUGAUUUAAUAAGGACACUCGAUCAUGCGCAACCUUGGUACAAGGCACGCCAUUUUCUCAAACCUGACUGAAAGGCAUGUUUUGCUCCCUUGCCCUAUCUCUUGCUAGGUGAUACCGCUAUAUGGUCGAGGAGGAGACCACAAAACAGACCCAAGAUCCAAAAUCCCACCAAGGCCUCCGGGACAGAGAACAGAACCUCAACAGGGCAGCCGUGUUAGUUGACUUCCUGUUUCAAGGCAUAUUUGCUUUUCUUGUUGCGGUCCUUACACUUUUCUAUUUCGUCUGUCGUGACAGAAAAUUGGGCUAUUUUUGUGAAAACUGGAUGCUAGCACAAAUUUCGGCUUGCAUCCUUUUGGCCCCCAUGCUUUGAUUUUUGCAAACAUUGUAAAUCGAUUUCGGGCAUGCAUUUGUUAAGGAGAAAGAACUAUGAUCCGCUGUUUGCAGUUACGUUUCCUGGCCAGGUUACUGACCCAACUUUUCUCUCUCCGUGACGCUCUGACUUUUUUGUUAAUCUUUUCUCCCGCCGUUAACUGUCAGUAGUUCCAGGUUUUAUUAUUUUGCGAUGCAGUGCGAAGUGGAACUGGCAGGUGACCUCUCAAUAUAUGCGCGUGUUAACGGCUCGUCGCCGCUGAUUCCUGGCGGCGCUCAGUUAAUUACUAACGCGACGCUCGGAUUUCGUGCAUGCUUGGUUUCUAUUAAUGUCUUUGCGUUGUCAUAUUCACUGCCCUCGCUUUAACUGAUUGCUCUUGAGACACUGUCAUGUUGCUAAUGUCUGUCGCCUGCUUAAAUGUCCGCACGUUGUUAGGGCAUAAUUCGCCUGCAACGUUUUCUCCUAAAACGGUUUCUUCCCUACUGUUAAUCACAAACUGCAUGCCAUAUGCUCUGAGUAGACCGAAACGCUUGACCCGAGAGAUCCUUGGUUGCUGUAACUUGAAUUUCUCGCGAAAAAAAACAAGAAUUGUGCCCUUACAGCCGGUAGAAAACAUGGGUUAUUCUCCCUUUUACAGCAAACCAAGCCAAAUUUUAGGUCACUACAUCCUUGCCACGUAUCUUUCUAUUAUUCAUGGCCACCAGAUGUAUACCUAAUCACGAUUUUUCCUCCGUUUCCUCAACAGUCGCCAUUUGAGGGCCUUGGAAACCUCUUCGGUGGUGGUGGUGGAGGAGGGGGAGGCGCAGGAGGCCACGGCAACUUCCACAUGUCUGUCGGCGUCGGCGCUUUCCCAUUUGGCCUUUUCACUACGACAUUUAACGUAGGCGGCGGCGCAGCUGUCUCCGGUGAUGACAACGUCAACGGCAACAACGCUGCCGAAGAGGCGGAGACCAUGUCCAAACUCUUUAUGGCGAUUGCUGUCUUCUUCAUUGUCUGGCUCUUUUUGUCUUAG